AUGAGCGACGACAAGGACUUUACGGAACUCGAACAAGAAAACCAGGAUUCCUACAAAGUUUCUGCGAAAAAAACGCUGGCAGAGUACCAAAAAUUGGAUGCGGAAGACGAAUCAUUGGCCAAAUGGAAGGCCAGUCUCGGGUUGGGAGCCGACGUACUGCCGCUGGAGUUUGCCGGGGACAAGCGCAAAGUGGUGAUUUUGAAGAUUGAGCUUGUGGUAGACUCGGAAAAAGCCCCCAUCACGUUCGAUCUGACCAACGAGGAAACGAUCCAGAAACUCAAGUCCCUGCGCCACAAAAUCAAGGAAAAAUCCGUGUACCAUCUCAGAAUCACAUUCAAAGUGCAGCACGAAAUCAUCACAGGACUCAGGUACGUGCAAAACAUCCGGAAAGCCGGUAUCCCGGUAGAUAGCAUCGACGAUCAUUUGGGGUCGUACGCGCCUAACACAACCUCGAAGCCAUUCUAUGAGGUUGAAUUGCCCGAAAGCGAAGCGCCCAGUGGGUUUCUAGUCAGAGGAAACUACACUGCUGUCUCCAAGUUCAUCGACGACGACAAGACGAACCAUCUGACCCUACACUGGGGUGUGGAAAUCGUGAAAAAAUAG